CACACAGAAGUCUACCCAAAAUCAAAUUCCCUCAGACUCGGCUCACUAUUCUUUAAAAUCAUCGGACUGUCGUACAAGCAAACAGAUGUAAGGAGUAAUCGUCAUCGUGUAACUGCGCCUGAUUACAUCUUGUCAUAAUCAACUGAUGUUCCAGCUGAGAUAUCUACAGCAAAGAAAUCGUAACGAGGAGUUAUACAACAGCUGUUUCCUUUUGAAACUGAGAAGUACGAGCGGAAUGCGAAGAAAUAUUCGUAAUCGCUUAUGUAAAAGUGGACAGAAUACACAGAUAGGCAUCGCCCGGUUAGCAAUCCCUGAUAUAAAUUUGAAGAACAUUCGCAGAGUAAUUUUAUUAGCUUGGUAACUGAACUCUCUCUGUGUAGCUCCCCCUUAUCACGUAUGAUAGUAGUUCGACGCGAAGCUAAUGGGACACGUCGAAUUAGGAACAGCUGAUCGCAUCGCAUGAUUCGCGACUUACACUAACUGCGAUAUCAGCAAACGCGAGUGAAAAGCGGAGGCUGUGUAAGAAUUGGCUGUGAAACAAUGUGAAAAUACGUACGAACAGCGAAGAGGGGAUAGCUCUUUCAUUUUAACUUCUUAAUUUAUGCAGCGAACACGCUACACGUGAAAAAUUAUCGUUAAAACGACGCAGAACUGAUAAUGUUUUUCCUUGACUUUCUGCAAAGGUUCUGCGAAGUAAUUAUCAUAGAUAAUUUAUGGAUAUUUCAACUAACAAGUGGCUCGGAAUAAGUAUUUGCGGAGCAACUUGAUACAAUUCGAAAUAGAGCAUCAGCAUAGUCUACGAAAAUGCGACGGACAAGUGCAUAAGUAGAUGGAAAUUACAGUUUUCCGCAAAGAAUUUAGUUUUACGUAUCUCGGUGUGACUUUAAGGCUUUGCAAAGUAAAAACAUCGUAAAAUAAUUGCAAAACAGGGAAAAGGCAUUCAUAAUGAAGCAUUACAUCCUGCUACUUUGCAUCGUGGCAGCUCUUCGGGAUUCCGGAGCGCUGCCUAAAGGAUCCACGGAUUACGAAGAUAUGUCCUUCUGGCUGAAGUCCGGCCAAGAGACCCUGCACAGGAUCCUGGCGCACCGGAACAACGAGAACCGUGCCAAGAACGUGAUCAUCUUUAUCGGGGAUGGCAUGGGCCUGUCCACCAUCACGUCCGGCCGGAUCUACAUAGGUCAGCGGAACGGGCAGACCGGUGAGGAAUACCAACUCGUAUUCGAGAAGUUCCCGGACGUCGGCCUGGCCAAGACGUACAACUCGGACAAGCAAGUACCCGAUUCAGCGGGGACGGCCACAGCAAUAUUUUCCGGCGUAAAAUGCAAAUACGCCGUUAUUGGACUGGAUGCCAGAGCCAAGACUGAAAAGUGUGAUAAGAAGAUCAACGAAAUUAGCAAAGUGACCACGGUAGCUGACUGGGCGCAACAAUCUGGCAUGGAUACUGGGUUCGUCACCACCACUCGCAUCACCCAUGCUACUCCUGCAGGACUCUACGCGCAUAUUAACAGCCGAAAUUGGGAAUGCGACACAAAAACUCCAAAGAGCGAGCAAGACUGCGUUAAAGAUAUCGCGAGGCAACUCGUCGAGGAUGAACCGGGAAAUCAGUUUAAGGUUAUCAUGGGUGGUGGUGCACAAUACAUGGGCAUGAACGCGAAACCGAUUGAUCCCGAGUCCUGCGUGCGAACUGACGGCAGGAACUUAGUGAAAGAGUGGCAAACGAAUCAUCCUAAGGGAAAAGUCGUCAACAACACGCGGGACCUAAUGUCCAUCGAUAUCGCCAACACUUCGCACAUCCUCGGCGUUUUCUCGCCUAAUCACAUGCCCUUUCACGCUGUGAAGACUGACGAGACGCCCUCUCUGGCGAACAUGACGAUGCAGGCUAUAAGAAUGCUGAAGAAGAACAAAAAUGGAUUUCUGUUGAUGGUUGAGAGCGGCAAGAUCGACAUAGCUCAUCACAGCAACUGGGCGAAACUGGCGCUACGCGAGUUGUACGAGCUCGAGGAGGCAAUCAAGGUGGCUCUUCAGCUGGUGAAGUUAGAAGAGACACUAAUCAUCGUCACGGCCGAUCACUCGCAUUCGUUUACGUUAAACGGAUAUCCUGUUAGGGGUAACGACAUUUUCGGUUUCGGUAACAAGUCAAAUGCGAUGGCCUACGAGACGCUCUCCUACGCCAACGGACCAGGAUUCUUCUAUCAUCGAAGAAACGACAGCAAUAACGUGAACGAGACUUGGAGAAAGGUUGACGAGGAUUCGACUCGCGGCGAUCCCUUCUACACGCAGUUUGCCGGUAUCUAUAUGAAGGAUGAGACUCACGGUGGCGAAGACGUCGGGGUUUACGCUAUCGGCGCCCACUCGCAUUUGUUCCGAGGUACUUUUGAACAAAACUACAUCGCUCACGCCGUGGCAUAUGCGGCGUGCUUUAAAGACUGGCCCUCUCAUUGUGACACGGCUUAUCAUCGUUACUUUUACGACGUUCAUACAACAUCACAAAAGUUUAUUUCGGUCAAUUCAGCUGGACGGAACACCAUGUCACUUGGAACUCUGCUGAUGUUCCUAUUGAUAAUGCUCAUACGACUCUGACAAGCAACAGUAUAGUUUUAUGCCAUAUUACACACGAUGACGCACGUCGCGCAUGCAAAAUUCAUUCAAUAAAUUAAUUCAAUAAAUAAUACAAGUACAAAUAAUUGUAAUUCAACGAGUAUUAUCUCCGCAUGCACUUACUCAGAGAGUAAUACUUUUAUCUUAACUAUAAGUUUUAACGCGGCGCGUAAAUCUACUUCUUUAAACGUGAUCUUUGAGUGAAAUUCUGGUUACGUAUGCGAUUUUCUUACUGCAAUUUACUUUGCGUAGAUGUAAUUACGCUUCGUAAUUUUAUUUAUUUUUAUUUGCAAUAUAUAAAACAUAAGGCUCAUGCCCGUAUGCGAUUAAGGAAAUACAAAUCAUGAGUUAUUAACACGUUUCUUGCCGCGUAAAUCGUAUACUCUUCACGAUCCAUUACGAAUGGAAUAGUUUUACUUAUAUAAUAAUACAACUAUCGCGUAAUAUUUAUAUGAUUGCAAAUAUAUUAUUAAGAAAACAAUAUGACUGUUAAACUAUAACUAUAGAAGAAAAAACAAUUCUUAUUGUAACAAAUUUUAUAAAAUAAACGCGGUGGAAACGGAAAAUCGCCAAUAAUCGACUCGGCACGAAACGUGUUAAUAUGGAUAACACAAUAAUCUUUAUGGAUCGUUAUCAACAAUGUAAGUAGUAAGUGGUAGCAACAAUGAUUAUAUUUGAAGUACAGAGAAAUUUGGCAUUAUUCAUUAAAAUGCGUCUUUAGUACAGUAUUUUGAUAUUACGACAGGAAAACAUUUUAAUUGCACAUCUGUACUACACACAUUUCGAAUGCAAGUACUUUUUGAGACUGCCUUUUAAUUAUCAUGAAUAAUUUGUUGUGUAGUAUCUUUUAUGUAGCAAACAGCAUAAAAUAUUCAACACAAUUAUGAAAAAUAGAAA